GGUAGGAUGGAGAAGUAUCGGCCGGAAAUCUAAGGCUGCGGAGAGCCUUCCAAAGAAAGAGAGAGAGUAUCGAGGCCGAAUCGACGACCCGAAGAAAAAGAAACCGGUCACUUAUCGAGCCUUCUUCACCAAUGGUUUUUACCCGCAAACCUCUCCAAACUCCUUUUCACAGUAUCCGGAAAACCGCGAUAUCGCCGGAUAUCAACCCGGACUGCAUCGGAAUAACGCCUCAUCCGCUUAUACGUAUGUACAAAGUGAAGGACCCGCAGGUAGAGGAGGUACUCGCGGAUUCUAGUCCAAAGGAUUUCUUUGUAGAGAAGAAUCGAUCUCGAUGUGAUAUUCAGUGGCAAACAUCAUUAUUUGGUAAAGCACGACAGUACGAAUGUUCCGGACACUAAUCGAUUCUGUUCGAGGAUUCUGAAUAAGCUACAGAGGUAGAGAUAAGAUCCGACGGAAACGUCUUUUGAAAGAAAAUGCCCAUUUUGAGGUUCGCACGGAUCGAGCUGCGAGGUAAUCGUAAAGUAAGAUCGUGAACAAACGACGAAAUUAAUAUCGCCCUUUCAUCAUCAAGGCAGGGUUAUUGCUGAAGUGCCGGCCGUUUGAAGCUUCCGCGUACAUCGACAGUUUGACAGGAGUGAAUCCAUUCAGACUCGGACUCGACAGGAAUUGAUAACGAGCCGCUGCUUGAAUCCAAGCAGGCCACUCCGCGUGAGGGUUCCGUUUUAGCUAAAUCCUUCAGUCGCGAGAGCAGAAUCCACUUGUCCAAGUCUGAUUUCUCGCCGUCGCCAUGAUUGUCAAGCGUAUCUUUUUUCGGAAUUCUGAAGGGUGAACUAUAUGCGGGGCCGAAAAUCUACCUUUUUAUUCGCAAAUAUCAUGUAAUCGCAUAGAGGGUGAAGAAGAUACGAAGAAGAGGGUAAGUUGCCCGCUAUAUCGAGCGCUCUUCCAUCCCCGCAUCUGUCCCGCUUUCCCGUCAAUCGGGGAUGAACGCUGAGCGAAAUUCACUCAUGCGUGAGAGGUGAGACAACCGCGCGAUCGGAAGUACGUGUCCCGAUGGGACAGGAUCGCAUUUCCAGUGAAGCACUAUCACGAGAAAGAGAGAGCGAGAGAGAGAGGAAGAACGUCAACAUCACAUAGCUCGAUGGACCACGAAGAGUCUAACGGAAGAAGGAACGGGGACAGCAGGAAUCGCCGGAGACGAUAUCUAGCGACAGAACUCGGUCGCUGAAAAUUGGAAGAGCGAAGCGUAGCCAGGACCUGGAAACGGGCGAUGAUCACGGGAUAGUUCCUGGGAAAUAUGGGAGAAUCCACGUCCUCGACCACUCGUGGACGGACGUCUUUUGUACUUUUAUAAAAGUAUCAUCGUCGUCGGAGUGCGCCCGGGACCAAUCGCUUAGCUUCCUUCCGUAUUAAGGCUGUAUCGAUCAUCUUCAUCCUCUUCGUCGUCGAUACUCGGAAGAACCGGUGCCUUGGUUGAUUCGCUCUGGUAUUUGCGGAAGUCCCGAGCUUGAAUAAAUUCUGCCUCUCUCUGUCUCUGCCAGGAAGAAAAGCAGAUUGUAAAUUAGGAAAUUACCAGCUAUUUCCCUUCUAAUCGAAUAAGUGCUACCUAAUUGAUAACGUUUACCGAAAAAAUGAAAUAAAAUAAAUCUCAAGCGAAUAGAAACAUUUGUAUUCGACAUCGAUUGUUUGACAUUUCAACUUGCAGAAGAAUUGGUCGAACAAAAGGAGCUACCUUUCUACUUUGUUUAUACAGAUCUUUGAAAUUAUUCAAUGAUUUCGAAUCUUUAAAUUUUGGAAGGAUUUAUAAAAUGAAAUAAGAGAUAGUUCCUUUAUAUAAGGGAACUAUAAAUAUAAAAUCUCUAUACGAACUUGUUUACACGAGUUUAUUUCACUUCAGAGUAUCAGUAUCAAAUGCAUCGCUUAGACUAUCGAGCAGCCUUCAAGAAGAAAGGUGCCUUGCCCAUCUGCUCAUUUUUCAGUCAUCAGUAAGUCGAGCUUCGUGUGUCUGAAAACGGGAGAAAGAUAAAUCCCUGGCCACGUACGUUUUAUUUGAUAUCUUUUGUCCGUAAUUGCGAGACAUGCUCCUCCCAAUAAAUCGUCCUCGAAAAAUAUGAAGUGUCGCGCUAUUUCUAUCUCCGGCAAGACAUUCACAGAACAGGGAUCUUAAUUCCUACCGGAUGAAAUCAUUGAAAAACUAACGAGAUGUGAGCAAGGUCAUCCAUUGGUUUCUAUUGUUUCGUAAAGAACGAAUAAAAUUGUAGCGUGGCGACGUUGAUAUCGCAAUAGAAAUUUUGAAGUUAGGUCAGGUAAGAGGAUAAUACUACUCGACAAAUAUCAGAAGCUGCCAAUGUGAACACUGAUCCCUCUUGAGAAACAGCGAAGUCCAAUAAACGAUAUUCAUUAGUAUUUAACGGGCUACGAAAUUCGACAAGCUUUUAAUUCUAGAUGAAGUAAUCGUUUUUCGAGGAUAAUCAAAAAACGAUCCACUGCCAAUGAGAGCCUAACAAUUCUGUAUAUCGCGAGAUCAAGAAAGGAGCAUAAGAGUAACUAUCGAUAACACAAUUAGAGAAAAGCAUCGGCACUCGUCGUUCCAUGCUUGCUUAACUAACAAUCGCAAUCCUGUAAAAGUAGGCGCGAGUUAAAAAGAUAAGCGAGAGGGAAGAAGGUGCAGAAAGAAAGAAAGAAAGAGAGGUGGACAAAUCCGCACUGAAGUCGGUGAUAUGUGUCGCGCUGGCUCCCGGAGCCUCGAUGACCUUGACCCCGCGAGCAUGAAGCACCCAUCGAGGUCAGCGGGUCUCGAGGUUGCUAUGGCGCUCUUCGGCAUGGUUUGGCUGCUGCGUGUCCGCUCUGAGAUGCGUCGUUGCUCGAAAUGUCGGCACGAGGAGAUGCUCGCUCAGCAGCAGCAGCAGCAUCAGCAGCAGGUGCAGCUGCAGCAGCAACAGCAACAGCAGCAGCACCAUCAUCAUCACCACCAGCAUCACCAGCAGCAACGUAACCUGUCGCAGGCUACCAGCCUACUGCAGACGAUGUCCGACGACGUUAGCUCCUCCGCCAACACUCUUUUCACGUUGGACACUCCUGGAGCGGCUGGCCCGGCCGGAAGUUACUGCGAAGUGCACGGAUACGUUCAGGCGAAAGAAGAUAUCCAGGAGUUUUACGAGCUGACGCUGCUCGACGAGUCGAAAUCGGUGCAGCAGAAAACGGCGGAGACGAUCCGCAUCGCGGACAAAUGGGAAGCCAGCGACGGGCCAAUCACGCCGACCUUUGCCCAGAACGACGAUGGUCCAGCCUCCGCCUUGCCGUUGACUCAGACUCUGUCGAACAUUUAUGGCCGCAGAUCGGCCAGUCCCGACGUUCCAGGCUCCAAUCUAGACGAGACUCAGAAAACGAGGUUUGACGGUACAGGGGUGGAGGAACCAUUACCACCGCCGCCGUCGCCACCCCAAUUGAAAGAGGCGGCCCAACUGGAUGGCGUUCCCAGGCUGAAUUCGGUCGAUCGUAUCCUUCAUCCAGACGGUAUCCCGCACAUCGGUCAUGAGACGCUCAACAAGAGUCAUGACAGCUGGCAGGGACACGAUAGUGACCAGGCACACACUCCUCUUCUCGCAGCCGACACGAGACACGUGAACGGCGACGAUGAGUGGGACUACGAGGACAUCAUUUUGGAGCGGGGCGGGGCGGGCCUAGGUUUCAGUAUCGCCGGCGGCACGGACAAUCCCCAUUAUGGCAACGACACCGCCAUUUACAUCACUAAGCUCAUACCGGGCGGUGCCGCGUCCGCGGACGGCCGGCUGCGUGUCAACGACACGAUACUGCAGGUGAACGACGUGUCCGUUGUCGACGUACCGCAUGCAGCCGCCGUAGACGCGCUCAAGCGGGCCGGCAACACCGUCAAACUGUAUGUACGCCGACGGAAACACACGCAGUUGAUGGAAAUCGAGCUGAUCAAGGGAAACAAGGGCCUUGGGUUCAGCAUCGCCGGCGGUAUCGGCAAUCAACAUAUACCAGGUGACAAUGGAAUCUACGUGACUAAAAUCAUGGACGGUGGGGCCGCCCAGGUGGACGGUCGCCUCGUCGUCGGCGAUAAAUUGGUAGCCGUCAGGAACGCUUUGCAGGGCGAUAAAAAUCUGGAGAAUGUGACACACGAAGAAGCAGUGGCGACCCUGAAGGCGACCCAAGAUCGCGUUGUACUUCUAGUUUCCAAGACGGAAAGUGGAAUCAUCCCCCCGCCUCCUCCACCAAUAGCAACGGACAAUUCUCUUUCGCCUCAGCCACGUAAACAAAACGGCUCCGUGUCUGCGAUGGAAAACAACACUGCGGCUCUACCGUACUCGCAAGAAUCUCGCCACGCGUCUUCUCUUGCUCUGCACGGCACCGGGACACCGCGAGCAGUUUCUCAAGAGGAUGUCUCACGGGAGGUGCGCACCGUCGUAUUGAAUAAAGGCUCCUCUGGUCUGGGCUUCAACAUCGUUGGCGGUGAAGAUGGCGAGGGCAUCUUUAUCUCGUUUAUUUUAGCCGGUGGUCCGGCCGAUCUCAGCGGUGAAUUACGCAGAGGCGAUCAGAUAUUGAGCGUUAAUGGUAUCAAUCUCCGAACAGCCACCCACGAGGAAGCCGCCGCGGCUCUCAAGGGUACUGGGCAAACAGUGACAAUCGUGGUGCAAUACAAACCCGAGGACUAUAAUAGAUUUGAGGCGAAGAUCCAGGAUCUUAAACAACAAAUCUCGCAACAGAAUGUGAUGACAGGCACCCUCAUGAGGACCUCCCAGAAGAAAUCACUCUACGUGAGAGCGUUGUUCGAUUACGACCCCAACAAAGACGAUGGUCUGCCGAGCCGCGGCUUGGCGUUCCGUUACGGCGAGAUCUUGCACGUGACGAACGCCAGCGACGACGAAUGGUGGCAGGCGAGAAGAGUCACCCCACAGGGCGAGGAAGAAGGUCUGGGCAUAAUACCCUCGCGCAGGCGAUGGGAGCGUAAGCAGCGUGCCAGAGACCGCUCUGUCAAGUUCCAGGGACACAUGCCGGUCAUUCUUGACAAGCAAUCAACAUUAGACCGGAAGAAGAAGAACUUCUCGUUUAGCAGAAAGUUCCCAUUCAUGAAGAGUAAAGACGAUAAGUCUGAGGAUGGCUCCGAUCAGGAACGAACACCCACCACACCCGAGAAUGAGAACGAUCCCACCCCAUUCAUGCUGUGCUACACCCAGGACGACACUAACACUGAAGAUUUGUCUUGCGCUGCAGGGAGUAGAGAAAUUUUGUAUCGCGUUCAGCUGCCGUAUAUGGAGGAACUCACGUUAGUUUAUCUGGAAAAGGAGGCCGACGAGCCCAAUGACGAGCUUAGCAGCGAAGAGAACGUGCUUUCGUACGAGGCCGUACAGCAGUUGACGAUACAGUACACGCGUCCCGUGAUCGUUCUCGGACCGCUCAAGGACCGCAUCAACGAUGAUCUCAUCUCCGAGUUCCCUGAUAAAUUCGGCAGCUGUGUUCCACACACUACUAGGAGUAGAAGAGAGUACGAAGUGGAUGGACGAGAUUAUCACUUCGUGGCGUCGAGGGAGCAGAUGGAGAGGGACAUACAGAAUCAUUUGUUCAUAGAGGCUGGACAAUAUAACGACAAUCUUUACGGAACAUCUGUCGCGUCUGUGCGAGAGGUGGCUGAAAAGGGCAAGCACUGUAUUCUUGAUGUGAGUGGGAAUGCUAUCAAGAGGUUACAAGUAGCACAACUCUAUCCUGUUGCCAUCUUCAUCAAGCCGAAAUCAGUAGAGUCUGUCAUGGAGAUGAACAAGAGGAUGACCGAGGAGCAAGCGAAGAAGACGUACGAGCGUGCUCUCAAGAUGGAACAAGAAUUUGGUGAAUAUUUUACUGCCGUCGUUCAAGGAGACACUCCCGAAGAGAUAUAUGUGAAGGUGAAGGAGGUCAUCUCCGAGCAAUCAGGACCGAACAUCUGGGUUCCCUGCAGGGACCAGCAGCUGUGACGUCCUGCCCCCCACGCUCAGCACGGGCCCAACGCCUGGACCCUGCCACCGAGGCGACAAGCUUAAUUAUUCACGAUAGAUACGAUUAAGUAAUGCUCUAACAUCCUUUCCUAAUCCCUCCUUCCCUCCCGUAUCCCAUAUCCAAGUAGCACAAAGUCCCUACUUAAGACGCGUAACACGACGUAAAUCGCCGCAGAGAUUUAAGCCGAAAGAAUACUUAAACGAUGGGGUACACGAUAUCACCGACCAUUUCCCCGAAGAGAAUUGAUAAAGUCAAUCGGGACGCGUGAUUUAUUCUCUUCUAAGUUCAAAAUCGAAUGAGAGAGAGGGGGAAAGGAGAAGUGAGUACACUCGCGCGUGCUCAUCGUGUUGAAUUUUAUCGCGACCCAUGUUUCUGAUAGAAAAAUGACAGGAAAAAAUUCGUAAGUUUUAUCGCAUGAUUGUCGAUUAUUCGUGUGUGAUCGUCCCUAAUUUUAUUAAUUAAUCUCGCGAGAGAAUUUAGAGGCGUUGUACAAUUGCUCGAGAAGAUUAGAUCAGGGUAUGAUGCCGAAACCGAAAGUUGGCGGACAACUCGGAAGAGUUUUCUCAAACUCAACUGAGCUAUCAGCUGCGAGGUGCGAGCGCUUUUUCGGUUAUACUCGAGCGCGGUAUUUUUUAAUGUACUUAAGCGCAGUUAGCGCGCCGAGAACGUCGAGCGAAUUCGAUGAACUCGAUGGAAAAGGGGGGAAACCGCUGGUAGGAGAAAAAACCGUAGCCCCAAUGACGUUGUGUAUGUGUUAAUGAACCUCACAGGAUUAAAAGAAACAGUAAAAAAGAAAAAGCAAGAAAAAAAGAGAAAAGAAACCUCACAGGACAAAUCUUUAGAUGCUAGAUAUACAUAACGAUAUAUAAUGUUUUGUACAGCUAGAUGACUAAGCCAGUAACUGGGUUAUGUGCAACAUUAUAUUUGUGGAAUGGGCGAUGCGAGGGGAGAAAAAACAGAAAAAACGAGAGAAAGAGAGACAGAAAGAAAGAGCAAAAAAAAAACACUAUUGUAAUUUAAAUAUCACUACUAAAUUAUUAUUAUAGUAGAUAUUAUUGUAAAUACAUAUUAUAUACUCGCGUGUACUGAGACGGAGGGGCGUAGUAGGUGAAGAUAAGGAUCGUAGAAGAGAUGUUAGAGGAAGGAAGAGCCUGAUAAGGUUUUUCUUUCGCGCGCGUCUCGGCUACCCAUGGUGUCACUCAGCAUCGUGACAAGAUAAAGGAAUUGUCACGCCGAUCAGUCGUGCUCCCGUGAAGAGCUUCGGCGCGAGCGUAGGUGUAUGCCGCUCCUUCGUAUCUUAAGAUAUAGUUCUUGGCACCGGGUCAGCAGUCGUCGCUGAUCGAACGUGAGAUCUAGCUUGCACGAUGUCUUCGGUGCAUCCGGCUGAAGGGGAGAAAGAGAAAGAAGUUCGAUGUGUGAUGUACUUAUUACACGGGGGAGUCGCGAAAGGCGCGAACGGACAAACUGGCGAUUCGUAAAAGAAAAGAAGUAGCGCAGAUGCGGCCAAUCGGGAUCCGUCGUGGAGUACUGAGAACUGAAUUUGCCGAACAAUCAGCGAAGAUUCCUCAUCAGAUGAACUCGCGUCCAGAAUGCGGCUGUCAAUAGAAAAAUUCCCUCGCUUGGCCUUCGCUCGUUCGUCGGGCUGCGAGCUCUCGCGAUCACGUGCCACCACACACAAUGCUUUGUCCGCUUGCUCCUUCCGUUUCCGUUAGCAUUAAUCAUGCGCGAGAGAAGGUACGAUAAUUGAUUCUCCCUGAAUGUAACACGAGCGGGAAAUCGAAUUGUUGUAAACACGAGGUGUCAUUACGAUAAUUUAAUUGUAAUAUAGGCCGCAUUGUUGUCGUGAUAUGAAUACGCGAAUCGCGAUUACGAGGGACAAUGGCGAUGAUGAUAAUGAUAAAUGAUGAUGACGAUGAUGAUGAUAAUGAUGAUGUAGCCAAGGUAUGCGUUUGCGACACGCGACGAUCACUUCUGUCGCCAGGAAUAGAGCCGAACGUUUUCUUUCUCUUAUUUCGUAGUAACGUUCACUCGCGGGGAAAUGAUAAUAUCGCGCGGACACGCUUUCGGGCUAUUUUUUUUCCCUACCGCGAGUCCUAGAUUAUUAUUAAGCGCGAUUAUUAUUAUACGAGAUAGAACGAGGUACGAAGCGACGAGCUUCGGCUUGUGCCUGAAGGACAGAAGGCCUGGCUUCGCCGAGUUGAAAGAUAUCUGUCUCGAUGUAAAAGACCGUAUAUAAAGAGAAUAAUUACCGCAGACACCUAUUAUACACCUCUAUAGUCUAUUUAAUAAUAUUACUUAUUAAAUUGUCAAUCUCAUGUUCACCUUGUUUCAUCGUUUUUAAAUAGUUAAUAAACGUUUUACCAAUUUUA